GCAAAAAGAAGUCAACUCCAUCGAGCCUUCGACCCAUUAUUUGUAUGUGAGUUGGAAUAUAGUGUACUCCAAUAUUUCAAUCACCACCACCGACGAUGUCCUACAGAUGGUGGCGGCUAGAAUACGGGUGCCGUCAGUGUCCCGAGGACUUCGAGACUCAGUCCGCCAGGAAGACUCAUGUCCGAAACCUGCACCAGCGCCGGGUCAAGUGCACGCUCUAUGACAAGUCAAUCGUCACCCUCGAAAGGGGAGACGAUCGGCACUUCAGCUGUCCGACCGUCGGCUGUCUCUUCAAGUCCACCAAGCCCCGGGCCGUCCAUGUGCACACCAAACGAUGCUUCCUCAAACUCGGCUGGCCGUACGAAACGAAUGUUGCCCCAAAGCUGAUCGCCAUCGAUCAACAAAUCACUGUUGUAGACGCGUUGAUCGAAUAUGGCCUCAUGUGGAACAAGCAUACCAAAAUGAUCAUUUGCUUCACCUGCCGUACCGGCUUGAAUCUAUCGAACGUCCCAGGCCACAUGCAAGCAUUGCAUGACAAACAAGUCAACGAACGCACCAUCAAGGAGGCUCUGAAGAAGGUCUGCCAUGACACACCACCGCCUAUUCCCAGUUAUCCUACAGGCUAUACAGCUCAGAAGCUCCUCAGGGAACCCAUCGAAGGUCUGGUUCUUCAUCAUGGGGUAAGGUGCGCGAGAUGUGGAUUUAUUUGUAGGAAGGAUCGCGCAAUGGCACUACACUUUUCCUAUGAGCAUCAUGACUACCUCGCGGAACAUCAGUCCGAUUGGAAAUCCAGUACCAGCAAAAUUUACUGCCAAACACUCCAGACGAAUCGGCCGAGAUAUUUUGGUAUCAAGUACAAACAUAGUCCACUGGAACAGGUUGAUUUGUUCCGGCGUAACUUCGAAUUCAUUGCAGAAUCUGCAAACAGAAGGUACGACAUGUUGGUAAAAUGGCCCCCAAGAGAACACGAUCUAAUUUCCCCGGAUAUUCGAUACACCAGGACAUUCCGCCACCUGUCUUCGGAUCCUGCUCAGGUUCCCCAUUUAACAUCCAGAAAUCUUCCGAUUGAAUCCAACCGAAGCCAGCAAUUUGCAGAACUCUUUAAUAUCCUGGAGGCCGAUUCUACAGCAGCAGACUCUGAAUCCGAAGAGGAGGACUCUUUCUUACCCACCCCAACAGAAACUACACAAGUGAUCCCACCUGAUAAAUCAAAAGAACAAUGCGACCAAAUAGAAGUCGACUCUCCUGUACCCCAGCAAUCCCGCCCAGAAAUUGCUGCUCGAAAGUCUGCAUCUAGAGCUAUUCCACUUGACCAGUCUACAGGCAUACCCGAUCACAUCGAAUGGUGCAAGAAACUCAUCGACGACAAGCAGCUGGCGAGGAUUAAUACAACGGUCGAUGAACGACACUACCGAUGGCAACCUGUCUUGCAACGAUGGUUAGAAGACCGCAUGAAAAAGCUCAAUACCUCAACCCUAUCACUGAGAAAAGCAGCACUCUCAGUAUCUAAAGAGAAAAUUGAAGAAUCUGAGGCAUUAGAUCCGCUGCCAGAGGGAUCUUCGGCUGCCGAAUACGCUGCUACCUUAGCCAAGCUCUUAGUCUUUACCCUCUUAUGGAGUCAAGACGAAGUUGCCAAGUGUUGGAACCCCAGCCAAGCGCCACUGAUGGAUCUCCUCUCCGAGUUCUUCCGCACGACCCAGACCGAUGAUACUAAUUCCAUCGAGAUUCUCUUCAAAUCGAUCGACCGGCUCGUCAUCCGAUUUGUUUCAUUUUCCAAUCAGAUCGACCUCCCGCCCGUCCAAUCUGCUCUCGAACAAUUCGUCGCGCUCUCCUUCUACAAAGGUGCUCAAUCAUUCAAUCCCAAUCUCCAGUUGACCACCCUGAUCUCUCAGCUCCAAUACUCUAUCCAACUGGCCAUGGUCUUCCGCUACUCCACCGUCAAAUCGUUCACAGAGUGGUAUCUUGCCCAAACUUCUACUCUUUCUUCAUUGCAAAUCCAAGAGUGCUUAAAACGACAUCAGAUCGAAUUAUUUCAGCCCUUGCAUGAUCAUACGUACAACUCACCUUUCCUUACCCUGCGCCAUUGGAAGCAAUGGGGCUUCAAUGCAACCUAG